AUGUCGCGCAUUUUGCUCUCCAAGAUCAAGCUUGUCUGCCUACCGCUCCCUGCACUCAAUAUCUCAACAACGCUGCAUAAGACACCUCUGGCGAGCUUCGUCACCGACGCUUGCCAGAUCAUCGCCGACGCCAUUUCAGAGGCCAGUGAUGUGUAUUACCCAUGGUCACCAGCGGCCACUUCGCUGCGGAUAUUGAACAUUACUCGCCGGCCGCUAUGGAGCUAUCUGCCUGCUCAGUCGAGCCUGGCACCGCGGAUGAUGUCGCGCUCAUCCUGUAAGCCCUCGAUUGAACUCGGACACUUUUCGCGGGAGGUCUCUCACACUGUGGUGUGA